AUGGCCAAUAAUGAGGGGCAGGAAGCUUCCUCCCGUGGUAAUGAAUGGGAAGUCGUGUCACUGACGGCAUCAACAUAUUCUGCUGCUCCUGGUCCGAAAAGAGUUGAUGAUGAUAAAGGUAAUGAGUUCAUUCAUGAAAAUCCACCAUUGGAGCCAGAGAAGAAUGAGAUUGAUAAUGAACCAAAAGGCGAAGGUGCAGCUGCUAAUGAUCUGCCCAUGUUUGAUAUGAAUAAAUUUGAGAAUGAAGCAGAUGUUAGUGGAUCGACUGUGUAUGAUAAAGAUGCAGUUGUCACUGAAUCGUCUGAUCCUUCUCAAAAAAGCUCAAACAAUGAUUCAGAUCUUUCGAAGGCAUCUGUCUUUGUUGCUGCAGCUCUAAUGGGCCUUGUCAUUCUUGGUCAACGUUGGAAACAAAAUAAGUGGGCAAGUUCAGGAACCUAA